AUGCCUGAUGUCUUCUGGAUCCCAUAUGGGUAUUCCAAGAUAGGUGAUGCAGCCAUUGGAGCGAUUGCUACUCAGUUUGACUGCCUAUUUGAUCAAACAUCAUUCAGUGAACAUCCCAGAACAAAAUUUGUAGACGAGCUUGUUGCAAGGCCAAAAAACUACCAGCAUGUACUGUCCUUGGUAUUUGCUGUGAAGGAAAUCAAUAAGAAUCAUGAGAUCUUACCAAAUGUCAGCCUGGGGUUCCACAUCUAUGACAGUUACUUGAAUGCAAGGAUGACUCAUCACAAUACCCUGAAACUUCUAUCUACCCAGAAAAGGAUUGUUCCCAACUUCAACUGUAACAACCAAAUGAAUCUGGUAGCUGUUAUUGGGGGACUUGACUCUGAAGUCUCCUUGCAAAUGUCUACCAUCUUAAGCAUCUACAAGACUCCACAGCUUAAUUCUUUCUUGAGGAGAAUCUCAUUCAACAACAGUGCUGGAGACAGGGUGUUUCUCAAUGAGAAUGGUGAAUUAGCAGCUGGAUUUGAUAUUAUAAACUGGGUUACUUUCCCCAACCAAACCUUUUCUCGAGUGAAAGUAGGAAAGAUAGAUCCACAGGUUCCACUGGGCAGAGAGUUCACCAUUCAUGAGGGAGCGAAUACAUGGCACACCACUUUUGAUCAGGUCCCACCUCUUGCUGUAUGCAAUGACAACUGCCAUCCCGGUUUCAGCAAGAAAAAGAAGGAAGGGGAGCUAUUUUGUUGCUAUGACUGUGUUCCAUGUCCAGAUGGGAAGAUUUCACACCGGGAAGACAUGGAUGAUUGUUUCCAGUGUCCAGAAGAUCAAUAUCCAAGCGAGCACCGGGAUGAAUGUCUUCCCAAGAUCUAUAACUUCCUCUCUUACUCUGAACCUUUGGGGCUCACAUUGGCAUUUUUGGCUCUGUCUUUUUCUCUGAUCACAGCUUUGGUGCUGGGAAUUUUCAUUAGGCACCAGAACACUCCCAUUGUCAAAGCCAACAAUCGUGACCUCACUUUUACUCUGCUCAUCCUCCUACUGUUCUGUUUCCUCACCUCCUUGUUAUUCAUUGGAUGCCCUCAGACGGUGACCUGUUACUUCCGACAAACAGCUUUUGGCAUCAUCUUCUCCAUGGCGGUAUCUUGCAUUUUGGUGAAAACCAUCCUAGUUCUUCUGGCUUUCAUGGCUACCAAGCCAGGGACCAGGAUGAGGAAAUGGGUGGGGAAAGGGCUGGCAAACUCCAUCCUCCUCUUUUGCUCUUUAAUACAAUUAAUUGUUUGUGCUUUGUGGCUCUGUACUUCUCCCCCAUUCCCAGAUCUUGACACGCAUACUCUGGAUAAAGAAAUCAUAGUGGAAUGCAAUGAAGGGUCAGCCAUGAUGUUUUACUGUGUUCUGGGCUACUUGGGAUUUCUGGCCAGUGUCAGCUUCACGGUGGCUUUCCUAGCAAGGAAAUUGCCCGAUUCUUUCAAUGAAGCCAAGUUUAUCACUUUCAGCAUGUUGGUCUUUUGCAGUGUUUGGUUGUCAUUUAUUCCAUCGUACCUGAGCACCAAGGGCAAAUAUAUGGUGGCUGUGGAGACCUUCUCCAUCUUGGUUUCUGGUGCUGGAUUGUUGGGCUUUAUCUUUUUACCUAAAUGCUACAUAAUUGUUCUUAGGCCUUGGUUGAACUGCAAGGAGCAACUAAUAAGGAAGAAUUAG